AUGGAAAAUGUUUGCAAAAUUGAUGGAGUACCUAGUAAGAGAUGUCAACUUCCGUAUCCGAAAGCAGCCUGUGUGAACUACAAAUUUGUUCUAGGUGGUAAGAAAAAUGAGGCACUUAUCACUACUGUGCCCGUUAAAAAAAACACAACGACAUUUGAACUGACCAAUCCAGUGAAAUUGACUUGGAAAAUUGAAUGCAAUGCAACUUCCAUGUACCCAGUCCCUGUUUCAAUUACGAAUAAUAGUAAAAGAGUCGAUCAUAUGGUUGAAGCGGCUUGCAACUCUGCACAGCAAAUCUGCGAAAUAUAUCUCAACAAAACUGUCGUGGUUCCUUAUUGUACAUAUCCCAUUAUCAACAUAAACGGUGAAACCGUUUUAUUAAGCGCAAUACAUUCAAUGAACAACCUUAUCUCCGUAUCAAAUUUACACCACAUUGAUAUUGAAUGGACGGAAAUGAUGCAAACUACAUGUUCAGUUUCCUCGCUCAAUUACAGUUUGGUCAUCGAAGACAAUGAAAAGAAUCAAACUGUACAAGAUCAAGAUGUUCCAGUCCAAAAUAUGUGCAUUACAGCACUAAAUAACAGGAAUACACAGAGGCGAAAACUGACUUUUAAUAAAUACGGACAAAUUACACCUUGCAAUGACAAGGAAAAUAAUUUCGUUUUUAAAAAUAUAGGCAUACUAAAACCAUGCGUCAAUUAUACUGUCUACGUUUUUAGCUCUGAAAAAGGGAAAUCCACAAUGACAGAGGUUUUUAAAAAGCCUCUCGUGAUUCAAACGCUUGACAUAGGAGGUAAAAAUCUAUCACCAUUUAAACGAGAUGUUCAAAAUCUUAAUGUUAGUAGCGAUUCAUCUAGUAGAUUCGAAUUACAAUGGGAAGUUCCCGCAAGUUGCCAAAAACUGAAAAACUUCACAAUCCAAAUUGAGAAAAAUUAUGCAUUUGUUCAAAAUGUUAGGCUUUAA